AUGCCGAUUCGGCCAACGUUGGCCGGUGGCCGAGCUCGGCCAUCGGCGGCUGCGACCCAUAGGAUCGACUUUGCCACGGAGCCACCCGAAGUCCGAGGAGAGGAACCCGUUCCCGAUGUCCUCAUUAUCCUCGGCGAUUUACCAGUCCCGCUGUCAGACGGCAUGCAUCCAUGUGGAAGUAUGAAAUGGCCGAGCUGGGAAAAGUCUUACAGAUGA